UCUCAGGAGUCUGGGACAUCAGGGUCUCAGGAGUCUGGGACAUCAGGGACUCAGGAGUCUGGGACAUCUGGAUCCGUGACCUCAGGUGAAGAGGUGGGCUCGCUCCGGGAGCGGAUCAUCGCAGAGAACACCAUGGUGGUCCUGCUGCAGGGCCUGCGGGGGGAGGUGACCACCGUGGACCUGAGGAACGAGUCCACGGCUCGGGGACGUGUGGUCAACGUGGACGCCUUCAUGAACGUGCGCCUGGAGGACGUCCUGUACCGGGACCGGCGGGGGCGGAGCUCCCAGCUGCAGGACCUGUUCAUCACCGGCAGGAACGUGCGCUACGUGCACAUCCCCGACCACGUGGACAUCAUGAAGACCAUCCAGAACCAGCUGGCCAGGAUCCACAGAGUCCGAAACUUCACCGUCCAAGGAGGGGGGAGGAAAGAGUUCUGCAAGAAGACCAAAUAACUUUUUUACAAUUUUUAUUUCAACCGGACCGGACAGAACCGGACCAGACUGGACCGAUGUGGCUCAGRGGAAACCUGGUUCUGGUUUCAGACGUAAACCUGAAACUUAAAAACUGUUGGAAAAGAUGAAACAAAAAGUUUCAUUUUAUAAAAGAAACUUCAAACGUCUGAAAUUAAUUUUUUUGUUUUUCAGGUUUGAAUAAAAACAGAAAAACUUUUUAUUGUUUUUUUUUAUAUAAAAAUCUACAUUUUUACAAACAAAUCAGAACCUCUAACAUUUAAAGUGUCAAUAAAAAUAAAAAGUGAGGAUUUUAUUUACAAUAAAACAAUAAAACUCAACAAACUAA